AUGGCAGGUCGCCCUAGUCGUUAUCGAUCAUCGACCUCCGCGUCCACACCACAACCCAUCUCGAAGGCUGUCGAGGUCUUACAGAAGCUUCUGGACAGAGUGUCGAGCGUGCUUGCAUUGCCCGCCAGCAGCGACUACCCAAACAUCGACGAGCUCACAAAACAUGCCACUCAGAUCAAGCAGCACCUAGCUGCUGCGCCUCCUCCUAGCCCCGUUCAGGAUGACUUCAGGCAUUUGCGUGGCUUUCAUCGCAUGUUCGAGGUGCUACGUGCAUACUCCGGGUUCUACAAUCCGUCAAAGCGGAGCGAGGAGGAGAAAAAGAGCUUGUUCGCAUUGCUAGAUGCCGUGCUGGGUGUUUUAUCCGCAGCUUUCCGUGCGCAUCCCGGAAACAGGCGUUACUUCCGCAAUCGUGUCGAAAGAGGCGGCUGGGAGGCUUUGGAACAGUCAAUCGCGAGCAUCGGACUCGGGGGCAACGACUUGGACUUUUGGACGAGCGGCCAGCUCUUCGGAAAGCUUUGGGCCUUUGCACUGGACGACACUGCUCUGGAUCAACUGUGCUCCACUGCCACCUUGCACAAGAUCGAUGUCCAGCUGGACGACGUUUCGAGUAGCUAUGAAGUCCUCCCGAGAGACCUCGGCGGCGAGGAUGGCGACGGCAAGCUAGCGGAUCCUGUGACACAAAUCGACAAGGCCGUCCAUGAGGUAAUCAAUGUCAAGUCGACCCUUCGAAAUCCCGAAGUGAUCCGAACCAUUGUGGACUUUUGGGUCUCCAUGCCCAGGGGGAAGGAUACACACAACAGCCUGAUUUCCGUGCUGGUCUUGAAAGUCUUGGAGGCAAUCAUAGACGUAUCUGUGUAUAACUUGUCUCUAGUUCACGAAUCUGGCAUUCUUUCCCGUCUCAUGCAACUUGCAUUUGACCAAGAUUCUUUUCUCGACGACGUUGAGAGUGGGAUCGCCAUGGACAUCUGCAAAAAGUUGAUGUAUCUCGGAGUGGGAACUCUCGCCGAUGCACAGGCUUUGUUGAAUAGUUCUUCAUCAUCAUCCGCUAAUUUUUGUUUGGAGAUGGUGCAGAAGCACCAGAGCCCUCCUUUCAUCCAGUUCGAUUUGUCGCUUCAUGGCCAUUCAUCGAUUGAUGUACCCAGCCUGGGGAGGGCGUUUCCGCCGCAGUCCACCGCAGGAUACACAUUUACCGCUUGGAUCCGUGUGGACAAAUUUGACCCAAAGUCCCACACCACAAUAUUUGGAGUGUUUGAUGCUACGCAAACAUGCUUCCUCCUGAUAUACCUCGAGAAAGAUAGUCGGAACUUCAUUCUACAGACAUCGGUGAGGUCACAGCGCCCUAGCGUCCGUUUCAAGUCAUUCACCUUUGAGGAAGGCCAGUGGUAUCAUAUCGCACUGGUUCAUAGGCGACCCAAAACUAUGACACCAAGCAAAGCCUCGCUCUAUGUGAAUGGGGAGUUCGUGGAACAAAUCAAGGCCGCUUAUCCGUCCUCACCGCCGCCCACGAAUGCAGGCACCGAAAGCUUCGCCGCCUUUACCUCUAGCAGCUCCCGGGCACGUCCCGUAUUAGCAUUUAUCGGUACCCCCAAAGAACUCGCCACGUAUCUGGGACAUGGCCUGGUUCACACAAAAAUGUCUUUGGCUGCAACACAUUUGUUUGAAGAAGCUCUUAGCGAUGAGCUCCUGGCUGUAUCGAGUCGGUUGGGUCCUCGCUACCAGGGAAACUUCCAGGAUUGCUUGGGUGGUUUUCAAACAUACGAAGCCUCAGCAGCGCUAGGUUUACGCAACGAUAUGGUUAUUACGGGAAAGGAUGGGAACUCUGAUAUACUCAGGGUGAUACGAGAUAAAGCCGGUCUGGUUAUGCCGGAACAACGUAUCUUGCUGAGCAUGAUGCCAUCAUCAAUAUUCAGGGAGAAAGAUCCGCUGGGCGACUCUCAACUUUUUAGAGCGCUAUCACGCGGACCGGCCAAUACACUCGUCCAGAUGACGCUGAAAAAUGGCAUUGGUGUCGCAAUCAACACCGCUCAACCGUCGGUCAACGAUGCAUUGAUCCGCUCUAACGGAGUGGCCGUGCUCACAGGAGAGCCCAUCAUCGCUGUGCCUCAGUAUCUCGAUGACACAAUGUGGAGGCUUGCUGGCUUCACACCACUAGCUCUGAAACUAAUCGAGAGGGCAACCACAUCUGAUUCUCUUCUCCAAGCCGUGGAAUUGGUCUUUCGCUGUGCCAACUCGAGCUGGAGAAAUAGCGAGGCUCUAGAAAGGGAGGGCGGCUAUGCUAUCAUCGGCAUAUUGCUGAAGAUCAAGCUUGGCCUAGGUAGUGUUCCGGCUGGUAAUGACAGAACCACCGAGCGCUUGUUGAUUGACAGUAUCGAGAGAGACAAGCUUUGUUUCCAGCUGCUCAGUCUGCUCUUGGAGUUCGUGGGCUAUAGACACAGAGAUCCGCUUGACUCUGUGAUCAUCAACCCCCUGGCAUACCGUAUCUUGCUAAUCGAUUUUGACGGCUGGCGGAAAUGUGCACCGAUCAUCCAAGAGCUUUAUUACAAGCAAUUCGUCACGUUCGCUGUCAUGAGCAAGCAUCACCAGUACAACAACCGCCGUUUGCUUCGAAUGCGUAUAGUCAAGAGGUUGUUAGAUGCUUUGAAAGCUGAGCCUCUUCCGAGGGUGGUCUUACCGUUCUUUAUGACCGCUUUGGAGAACCUCGUCAAAUGUAGCUACAACACAGAAGUUCAUCGAUCAAUUGCCUUGUUCAUUACGUAUGCUUUCCACGCACCCUCCGCCUCUCUUUCAAGGACACCGAGACAGAGUUCGACACCUUUGAAAAUUGGCACCCAGCCGGCUGCAAGAAGGCCUACGCCAUCAAUUGACUAUUCCAAAGACCGAGGCGCUUUCCCCUUAACGAAAAGGGAAUCAGGGAUAAAGAUUUUGGAGAUGUAUUCUCAUCUGCUCUGCGAACGGGGAAAUCUGAUGAUCAUUCGCAAGUUUGCUAGGACUGUCACAAACAAGUGGCUAUUACAUCUCUUGUCAGAAGACAGCCCAGAGAUCGUGGUUCACGGGUGUAAGAUUCUUGCAAGGUUACUGGUGGCCCACGGUACGUCCUAUACGAGCAAAUUUUCUGGCAAGACUGGAGGCUUCUCCAUAAUGGCGCAUCGCCUCAAGAGAUGGUGGGAUAUUCCAACUAUCUGGCCAAUUUGCUUGAGCAUUCUAUUUGGACAUGACGUAGCAGAGAUUGAUUUCGACAAGAAUUUCGAUUUCUUCAGCUUAAUCGAGACAUUCGGGAAGUGUAGGGUUAUACACCCGGAAGCUUUGCCAAUCAUCACAUCUAUGCUACAACACGGCCUGAAGGAUGUUUUAAACAACCAAGAAGAUCCGGAUUCUCCAUCUAGGGAUCGGUCUCCAUCAGCGCCAUCCGAUGUGGGCGAUCUGCAAACAAUAACAAGACCACGUGCUAGGUCGAUGUCUCUGCUUCAAGAACUCGAGACACGACCCUCUCAAUCUGGCAAGGACAGAGUGGCCAGUAAUGCUGCGGCACUACAGACAGUCUUGCGCUUUCUAUCAGACUUGCAUGGCCGUUCCGCAGACUUCAGAGAUUUUGCCUUGAACUCAGACUACGUCAGGUUACUAUUGACGGGUAUCUAUCCUGCGUUGGUGAGCACCAAUGCGGUCACUCCCGAGACGGAACUCAACUCCCGAGAUUCUGCACUCACAUUUGACGGAGGCGAUGUGAUCAUACGGCCGUUGCCCGGUAGCUCAGCGCCAGCUCCUAUCGUAAGAACUUCGAAGAUACCGGAUGCGACGUUCCAGACUCCCGCAAGCAAUGUCCGAGGAACGGCACUACGCAAAGCCUCUUCUUUCAUCCUCCUUACGUCUCAGAAGUCUCCUCAGCCAAACCCCCCGCGAUUGGCACAUGUCAUGUCUCCUAAAAAGAAGGUGGCAUCACAAAGCAUUGGAAACGCCGUCCUGGAAGCUAUGAUGGAACUUGUCGUCAACGUUUUUAUGGACCAACUUCUGACUCGCAAAGAGUUUCCCGGUUUCGGGCUGUUUCUCAAAGUGCCACCAGGAUUCCAAGAACAUCAAGCUUAUUUCGAAUCCUUCGUGCUGCAAAGGACUAUCAAUCAUUUGUCCACCGCCCUGAAAUUGGACUGGAAACUCUUACAAGAACCGAAAAUCCUUACAAACAUGGCACGCUUCAGUUUACACAUGGUAGAAGCCAUAUUCGAAGGCUGGUUCAUGAAUGGUACUGCAUCAAUGCUCGACUUCGCGGGUUUGCUCUUGGAACACCUUCAGAAGCCAGAGAUUGCCAGGCUCAAAACAGUCAGGCUCUGUAACCAGGCAGUCUCUACGAUCCGGGGGUCCUUCCUGAAGCUGAUACUUCUGAGGCUUUCGGAAAUGGACGAUCCUCAAACCACUGACCUUGAAGCCAAUUUUUCAAUGAACAAGCUUCUCUACUGGCAAAUGGUGGUCUUGGAUUCAUUGUCUGUUGAAGACGAUUAUAUGAAACUUCUUUGGUACCAAUUAUAUAUCAAGCUUGUUGAUGAUUCUCGAGAAGCUGUCAGACUUGCUGCCGUCAAUAUCUGGCGCAUAAUGCUGGUUCAAAAACCAGAGGAGUGCUCAAUUCUGUUCCGACACCUGGUUAUCCCAGACCAAAGCAAUCUGAGCAAAGAAUUCCAGAAACUUACAGAACUUGACAACGAUACGUUCAUCGCGUGGGUUGAUGAACAUCGCCCAUCACUUGAUAGUGCGUUCCUGAACGGAUUGUCCCGUACAUGGGAAGAUUUUGUGACUUUUGAAAACCAGAAAACACUGGAUACUGCGAGAUCCCGCCUUUCCAAGCGCAGAGAUACUCUUAAGCGCUGGCAGGUUGAAAUGCUGGAAAGAGAAAAGGUCAUCAUUCAUCAUGAUAUGGCCAACCAUGCAUGGAUGAAGUCGAUAUAUGGCUCUGAACACUACAAGCACCAGAGAAGUAUGCAGGACCAACAGGACGACGUGAUCUACUUCUCCUCGUCAUUUAUCAAGAUGCAACAGGAUCUCACUCGGCCCGGUGCAAUUUUCCAUCAGGCUCGGUCCACCAAGUGGAAACUUGACAGAACAGAAGGUCGCAAUCGUAUGAGAAUCCGUGUCCUCCCGGAUUCCUCAACAGAACACGACACAUACCAGCCUAAGAGGAGAAACACAGAUUUGCAAUCGGCCUCGAGCCUUAGACUGAACACUACGGUUGCAGAGGAAACUGGUUCGACUAGUGGAGCAAACACGCCUCUGUCUGCCGUGUCUAAACCUCCCGCAGCCAAUUUUUCCGAGGAUUUGACAGCAGACAUACCAGUUGAGGCGUCCGAACAACAACCCGACGCACCGGAUAGCCAGUCAGUUGUGCCAGAUGACGAGUUCGAGUUGGUUGAUGAUCCAAAUGAUCCUGAAGGCCAAGAUGGGUUUGAAGACAAGAAUCGUAGAGUUAUGCGCCGCCUUGAAAGCCACGAUGCUGUCCAGCAAGUGUACAAUGUCUCUCGGAUCAUUGGUCUUGAGGCAUGCGAGGGCAUAUUGCUGGUAGGCAAGGACCAUUUGUAUCUGAUGGACAACUUUUUCCACUGCACAGAUGGAGAAAUCGUGAAUGCGUGGGAGGCUCCGGAGGAAGAACGCGACCCAUUCUCGCAAAUCGUCAUGGGCAGAAAGGCAGGGGGGACCAGCGACAAGGGCACCUCGCAGACUCGGCGCUCGCAGGACUCCCGCAACUGGUCCUGGCAGGAUGUCAUCAGUGUUUCCAAGCGACGCUUCCUGCUCCGCGACGUAGCCAUUGAGAUUUUCUUCACCGACGGGCGUAGUUAUCUUCUUACCGCUAUUAACUCGACAGUGCGCGACGAAGUUUACAACAGACUGAUGAACAAGGUUCCGCAUACGACUAGUGGAAACACAUUGCCUAGCCCGGAGGAUACUUGGCGCCUUGAGUCUCUGAAGGUCUCUGACGAGAACCCGCAGGGGUUAGGCUCGAAAUUCGGAAGUCUAUUCAAUUCAUCGCCGUGGAACCCAGUCAUGCGCAAGUGGCAGCGAGGAGAGAUUUCCAACUUUCACUAUCUCAUGUUGGUCAAUACCAUGGCUGGCAGGACUUUCAACGAUCUUACUCAGUAUCCUGUCUUUCCCUGGAUUCUUGCAGAUUACACCAGUGAGGAACUGGAUCUCAAUAACCCUGCUACAUUCCGGGAUCUGUCUAAGCCAAUGGGAGCCCAGACUUCAGGCCGCCAAUCUGAUUAUGCGCUUCGUUACCAGAGCCUGGCAGAGAUUGGCGAGCAGCCAUUCCACUAUGGUACUCAUUACUCGUCCUCCAUGGUGGUGGCGUCCUAUCUCAUUCGUUUGCCACCAUUUGUUCAGUCGUAUAUUUUGUUGCAGGGCGGCUCGUUCGACCAUGCUGAUAGACUGUUCUACUCCAUUGAAGGCUCCUGGAACUCGGCAUCACGAGAUAACGGUGCCGACGUUCGUGAACUCAUCCCUGAGUUUUUCUAUCUGCCCGAGUUUUUGGUCAACAUGAACGGCUAUGAUUUCGGCGAACGUCAGGGAAGUGGUGGCAAGGUCAACCACGUGCAGUUGCCCCCGUGGGCAAAAGGCGAUCCGAAAAUAUUCAUCGCCAAGCAUCGCGAGGCCUUGGAAAGCCCGUACGUCAGCCAGCAUCUUCAUUCAUGGAUUGACCUCAUCUUUGGAUGCAAGCAAAGGGGUGAAGCCGCGGUCGAGAACAUGAACGUCUUCCACUGGCUUUCUUACCAUGGAGCUAAGGAUCUUGAUAACAUCACAAACGCUCACGAAAGAGAGUCUACUACAAGCAUUAUCCACAAUUUUGGCCAAACUCCUUACCAAGUCUUCACGAAAUCCCAUCCAUCAAGGGAAAACAUCAGAUUUCCCGCCAAGAGACUCGACACUUCCUGCACCGCCUUGGCUCGGAUACCUCAUCCCCUACUGGAUAGCCAUGAGCGGGUUUCGUCCUUAAUCUAUUCCACCAAAUCUGAUCGUUUGCUGUGUUCGUCCCCAUUCCGCCUGAAUCUGCCACCGUCUUAUGACAAAUACCUGGAAUGGGGAUAUGCCGAUAACAGCAUCCGGUUCUACUUUACAGAAAACAGGAAGAACGCCGGCAUCAACGAGAAUCUCCAUAUCGGGCAGAUAUCAUGCAUAGUUUUGGCUGACUCCAAGACGGUGAUUACUGCAGGUGAGGAUUGUGUUGUCUCUGUCUACAAUAUUCAAACAGCUACAGGAAAACCGGCUGAACUACAGCUUCGCUCUUCACUUUUCGGCCACAAGACGCCGGUGACGACCAUAGCAGUGUCCAAGGCUUUCAGCACUUUUGUCACCGUCUCGGCCGACGGUCAUGCGUUCCUCUGGGACCUGAAUCGACUUGGGUUCAUCCGGAAGCUUCCCCGCAGUCCCCGCGCUGUCGAGUGUGCGAGGAUCAACGACGUCUCGGGUGAAAUCAUGCUCUGCUCCGGGCCAAAUGUGACGCUCUAUACACUCAACGGAGAGCUGAUUCUGGAUCAGAACGCCUGUGUUCCAGGCGACCAUGAUGACUUCAUCCACUCGUGCGCUUUCUAUGAGGGGUCGGGGAGUGAAUGGCUUGAAGAAUUCAUAGUCUUCACUGGUCAUAAAAGAGGAAGAGUCAACAUCUGGAAGCGUGCCGUCAACGAGGAUGGGAAGUGGGUGUUGGAACUGGUUAGACGGCUUGACCACGUUGAUACUAGGAGUGAAACGGGAGCAAACGUGGAGGCGGCCAUCACUUGCAUAUGUCCAAUGCCCCAAAUAGUGUACACAGGAGAUGAUGAUGGCAGAGUAUACGAAUGGAGCUUGAUCCAGCGAGAGAGAUAG